UAAUAAUAAUAAAAAAAUGAAAUGUGAGGCUGCAAUAUAUUUAUUUAUUUAUAUUAAAUUUUGUUUCUUUGUUUCUGGUAAAUAACAUAUACGUUUCCUUCUUCUGUAUCUUUCUAUCUAAUAUCUAUCACUUUAUUGAUUGUGUUUUUUGGAUUCUUCUUCUUUCUCCACUGCUUUCACUUUUCCUCUUUUCCCUUCUCUUUAGGGUUUUUGCGUUUCUCCAUCUCUGUAAAUUCACCUUCUCACUCCCUUCACAUUGCUUUUUCAUCCUUUUUUGUCCGAUUGAAUUCCUAAAGAAGUGUUUAGUGUAGAGAUUAGUUGGUUUGGGAGUUUGGACUGAGAGUGCAACUCUUGUUUAUCGAAAUUAGUGAAUGAGUUUUGGUUAGAAGGAGCAUGGAUGAUGAAGUGGGGGAGGAGGUUCGUCCACUGGGCACUGUUGAAUGUGGACACCUCCAAGGCAAAGAGGUCGAAUUUUUUAUGAAAUCAACAGGAGAAUUGUUGAACUCGCAGGAGAUGCUACUGCCAGGUGAGAACGAUUAUGGUAGGAGCUCGCAUCAGGAAUUUGAAGAACUGUUAGAUGGUAAAAAUGUACAGAGUUUAAACCAUGUAAAUACACUAGAAACCCCGUACGAUAGCUGUCCUCGCACAAUGGAUGAUGCUGGUGUUUCAGUGGAAGAAUUGACUGUGAGAAAUGUCAAUGGGUCUAAUUUAACUAUUGUUGGGACAUCAGCUAAUUUAGGAAGGGUGCAGACUAGACAAACCCAGUGGCAACAUCUAUACCAAUUAGGAAGUGGUUCAGGCAGUGGAAGUUCACAAUCAAAUAUUGCAUAUAGGGAUAACGGCAAGAGAACCACAAGCGGUUUGGAUGAUGCGGGUUACUCAUCUUUCAAUGACUUUCUGGCACAAAAGGCAUGUGAUGAUAACCACAAUGAAGUUGUGGAGGAACCUAGAAAUUCUGAAAAUAGGGUGAUAUUAGGUAAUGCUCCGGGUUCGGGUUCUAUCCGAACAAAGAUUCUAUCUAAAUCUGGAUUUUCGGAGUUUUUUGUGAAAAGUACCUUGAAAGGCAAGGGGGUAAUAUGUAAAGGCCCGCCAAAAGUUGCCUUUCAUCCCGAGCCUAGAGUAAAGAGUAAAUCCAGGCUUGGUAUUGGAAGUGUGGCAGCUCCUGACACAUCAAAGGGUCUGGAUUCCAAAAUUGUUAAUCCACCUUCCUAUGAGUUGAAAACUAGGUCUAGGGCUGGUGGUUCUGAUUGUAGUGGAGUCAAUUUGAGAGAAUGGCUCAAGGUUGGGGGCUCUAAAGUUAACAAAGGGGAGCGCCUGUAUAUUUUUCGACAGAUUGUGGAACUUGUAGAUCAUUCUCACUCUGAGGGAGUUGCCUUGCAGAACCUAAGUCCAUCUUAUUUCAAGUUGUUGCCUUCAGUUAAGGUCAAGUAUGUUGGAUCACCUGACAGGAAAGAGGUAUUAGAUAGUGCAAAUGAUCAAGAUCCUUCUCACUCUGAGAAAAGUUUGCAUAGGAAGAAGAGGCCAGUGGAGCAGAAUACUUUUGCCUCAAUUGGAAUUGUUUCAAGUGCAAAGAAACAAAAGUUCAUUCAGAAUGCAAGAGGUCUUAAACAGUGGCCCCAGUUUCCUUCAAAUUCAGGCUUUAAGCAAGAAAAUGCAAAUGCCAGUCACAUUAGCAUUACAGAGCAAAAAAUUACCUAUAGUGAAUCAGGUGAAUUAGUCACAAAACAUGGAACGGAAAGCAAGCCUAGUAGCCCCCCAGCCUCUAAUGCAAGAGAACAGAUGACAUAUGCAAGUGAGCAGUUGGAAGAGAAGUGGUAUAGAAGUCCCGAGGAACUGACUGAGAGGAGCUGCAAAAUGUUAUCAAAUAUCUACUCUUUGGGUGUUUUUUUGUUUGAGUUACUUGGUCAUUUUGAUUCGGAUAGCACACUGGCCACAGCUAUGUCGGAUUUGCGGUAUAGGAUUCUUCCUCCAAGUUUUCUUUCAGAAAAUCCCAAGGAAGCUGGAUUCUGUCUAUGGCUACUUCAUCCCGAACCAUCAUCACGCCCAACAACAAGGGAAAUCCUGCAAUCUGAAGUAGUUAAGGGAUUGCAGGAACCAUGUUCAGAGGAGUUGUCUUUAGCUAUUGAGCAGGAUGAUGGCGAAUCAGAAUUAUUAUUGCAUUUCCUCGAGUCAUUACAAGUACAGAAGCAGAAGGAUGCCUAUAAGUUAGUGGAAAGCAUACAGUGCUUAGAAGGAGAUAUUGAAGAAAUCGUGAGAAGAAACCCUUCCAAAGAACACUUGGCUCAUUCUUGUUUGCUUGUUGACUCCUUUGUGCACGGAAGGACAAAUGUAUUUACUCACAGAGAGCCUUCCAGUUCAGAUAAACUUUUUCAAUUGUCCACACUUUCUAACACAAGUGAAUCAAGAUUGAUGAAAAAUAUUAGUCAGCUUGAAAAUGCGUACUUCUCUAUGAGGUCCAAUGUUCAGCUUCCCGAGACUGAUGCAGCAUUGCGCGAAGAUAAUGAGUUAUUGAAAAAUCGGGAUAAUUGGCAUUUGGCACAAAAAGAUGAAGAGGAACAGAAUCCAAGUUCAACUGACCGCCUGGGAGACUUUUUUGAUGGGUUGUGCAAGUAUGCCCGUUACAGUAAUUUUGAAGUGCGUGGAGUCUUGAGAAAUGGGGAAUUUAGUAAUGCUUUGAAUGUGAUAUGCUCCUUGAGUUUCGACAGGGAUGAAGACUACUUUGCAGCUGCUGGAGUUUCAAAGAAAAUAAAGAUAUUUGAGUUUAAUGCUCUCCUUAGCGAUUCUGUUGAUAUUCAUUAUCCAGUGAUUGAGAUGUCAAACAAAUCAAAGAUCAGCUGUGUUUCCUGGAACCACUACAUCAAAAACUAUAUGGCUUCUUCUGAUUAUGACGGUGCAGUCAAGUUAUGGGAUGCUAGUACUGGUCAGGUUUUCUCUCAAUUCAAUGAGCAUGAGAAGAGAGCAUGGUCCGUCGACUUUUCGAAAGUAUACCCCACAAAAUUAGCCAGUGGAAGUGAUGAUUGCUGUGUGAAACUGUGGAGCAUCAAUGAGAAAAACUGUUUAGGAACGAUUAGGAGCCUUGCAAAUGUCUGCUGUGUCCAGUUCUCUGCUCAUUCGACCCACUUACUGGCUUUCGGGUCUGCAGAUUACAGAACCUACUGUUACGAUCUAAGAUACGCUAAAACACCGUGGUGUGUAUUGGCUGGUCACGACAAAGCUGUAAGCUAUGUGAAAUUCUUGGACUCAGAUACCCUUGUUUCUGCCUCCACCGACAACACGUUAAAGCUAUGGGAUCUCAAGAGAAGUCAUUCUGCAAAUGCUUGCAGCUUAACCCUUACCGGCCACGAUAAUGAAAAGAACUUCGUGGGUUUGUCAGUUAACGACGGUUAUAUAACAUGCGGUUCAGAAAGUAACGAGGUUUUUGCUUACUAUAGAUCUCUACCUAUGCCGAUUACUUCUCACCAGUUUGGCUCCAUUGAUCCCAUUUCCGGAAAGGAAACAAACGACGACAAUGGCCAAUUCGUUUCUAGCGUCUGUUGGAGAAGGAAAUCAAACAUGGUUGUUGCUGCCAAUUCGACUGGAUGUAUAAAAGUGUUAGAAUUGGUUUAAGGGAAAUUAACAAGUUGUGAGCAACCCUGUUUUUGUGGUUUCGAGCUCUUUCUUUCUCGAGCUGAAACUACCAAGUUCUGUUGCAAAAAUCGAAGAUUGAGUUGACAUGAAUGAAUGAACUAAAAACCACUAUGAUAGUCUCCUCAUCCAUGUCAGACAGAAAAAGGUAGAAUCAUCUAAAAAUUCCAUUGCUGAAGGAAAAACAUUAGUCGGUCAGUCAGUCGAUCAAACUCGACUAAAAUCGUUCAUCAAAGUGAACGAGAGAUGUUUAUGUUGGCAAUGAUAAAAACGGAUCUAAAAGCUUGCUUUGAGAUUAGGCCGGUGCUACAAAAUUUCGAAGCGAAACUAACAAAGAUCAAAGUGAAAUCGAGUGCGAGACAAUCGCAAACGAAAAAAAGAAAACCAGGAUUAUGAUGAAAAUGGUAGUGUUUAGUAGUUGAGUUGAGGAAUCAAGUUGCUUGAUAUUAUAGAGAAUAUUAUUAUGAUUUUUACUAGUUUGGGACCCUAUUUGGCAAUGUUCUCAUAUCAUCUUGUUGUAGAUGGAUGAGGUGUUCAUAUUAAAUUAGGUUUUUUUUUUUUUAAUUGUUUACCAAGUUUAUUCUCAAGGUUUGGAGGUAAAUCAUAAAUGUUAGUGCUCAGCUUGUGUAAAUUUUUAGAAGUUAAGAUUAAAUAUAUAUUUUAUAUCUCUUGUAUUUG